AAUUUUUCAAUACAAUGGAGCAAAAAGAUAGCUAACAUGUGUUAAUAAAAAAUUGGAAGGCCAAGCCGCUAAGGAGGUAGGCAUACCUAGUUGCACGGAGACACAAGUAAAAUCGUUUUUAAAUGAUUCUAAAUAGUCUGCAGACUAUUGAUAUCUAAUAUGAAUCAAUUAACCUGAAUACGUUGCCAAGUUCAAGUUAAUAGACAUAUUCGUCCAAGGAGACUGCGAAUUCGGGUUUCAGACAUGGCUGAGCAGCCACACCAGCCAAAGGUGAUGACAGAUGCAGAAAGAGACAAGCUGACCAAGACUUUGGAUGAGGAAUUAGAUCAGUUUAUUGAAGGUCUCCAAAAGAGUCAAUAUAAAGAUGGCUGGAAGGAAGAAACAUGGGAAAAGGAAAUGCAGGAGCAUCCUUUCUUCAGGAGCAAGCCAUUUGAAGAUGGAGAGGAGCUGCCUCCCCUGAUUCAAGGUCUUCAGGCGCUCAAAUAUGAUCCCAGCCUCCACACUGAGGAAGAGCUGGCUUCCACAUACAAGGAGGACGGCAACCUGUGCUUCAAGGUGAAGAAGUACAAGCACGCGGUGCUCAACUAUACCGAGGGCCUGCGCAAGCGGCAUCCAAACAUCGAGCUGAUCACGCAGCUUCUUACCAACCGGGCAGCAGCCAACUUCCACUUGGGAAACUUCAGGUCAUCACUGCGGGACUGCGAGCGCGCGGUGCGGCUGACCCCGGGUCACAUGAAGGCCAUUCUGCGGGCGGUACAGUGCUGCACCAAACUGGGCCGCUCGGCCGAGGCUCUGUCCUGGUGUGACCGAGGUCUGGCCGUGGACAGCACACAUGCGGAACUGGUGCGGCUGCACCACGCCGCCACCGCCCAGCAGCGCGUGGAGGAGCGUAACCGUCGUCAGGCCGCGCUGAAGGAGCGGAAGCAGAAGGCCGCCGAUGAUCGACUGCUGGCCGCCCUGGCUGAGAGGGGCGUCUCCGUGCUGUCUGAGGAGGGAAAACCAGUGAGCGGCGCGGCGGUGCGGCCCGAGCUGCUGGUCCCCCAGGUGCCCGGUCUGGAGACGGGCGUCCAGCUCACCGACUCGGGAGACCUCAGCUGGCCACUCAUGUUCCUCUACCCGGAGCACUCGCAGAGUGACCUGGUGCGCGCGGCGCUCGACACCGACCCGAUAUCGGGUCACCUGGAGGCCAUGUUUGGCGCCGACGGCGGCGGCUCCCCGGAGUGGGACACGGACGGCGCGUACCGGCCCGACCGGCUCGAGGUCUACUACGAGUACGAGGACGGCCUGGAGACCCGCGUGGUGCGGGUCCGCACAGACAGCCGCAUACGGGACGUACUGGCGGAUAAACGGUACGUGGUGAAGGGCGGCGUCCCCGGCUUCAUCGUGCUGCCCCGGGACUCGCCGUUCCGAACUGUGUUCCUCGGCCGCUAUCAGGUGGACGAGCGGUGACGGCGCGCGUAGCGACAUCUAUAUCAGGGAACUACGGACUGACGCAGCAGGUGGCGACAUCUAUAUUCCAUCGCUACUCCGAGACCGACCCGCAGCGAUCCGCUAUCGUGGCGCGGCGGCGAGAGCGGUUGUGGAAUUCGAUUGGGUAUACAUUAUCCGCUGUACUGCCUCGUGUCCGUUAAGGGUCACUUCAAGCCGCUAUUCUAAGGUGUUGAUGUGUACGAGGAGUGUGGUAUGCGGAUAUAUUUGCAGCUGGAUCCGCCGCUGCCCCUGCACGCCAGUCCAGCAAACCGUCCGCUUACGUCUGCGAUUUGAAGUGUCUCUGUCAUGGAGUGCGGGUUUAAAUGCAUUGAAUUACUACUCUUCCA